CCUCCCCGCUACCGCAGCGCCGCGGCGCGGCCCCAUUUCCCGAUGCUGCCGCGGGCCGCAGCGCUGCCGCCGGGCACCUCGGCGGGGCCUGGCUGCCGCUCGCCGCCGCCCGCCGGCUUGGAGGAGGAGGAGCCGCCGCGGCCGCGGGGCCGGGCCAUGGCGAGCGGCGGCACCGCCGAGAGUGUCCCGCGCCGAGCGGUAGUGGCGGGGCCGCAGGCAGAGGCCGCGGAAGAGCCCGAGGGCGGCAGCCGGCGGUGGGGCGCGCAGCACGCCGGGGCCCGCGAGCUGGCCGAGCUCUACUCCCCAGGAAAGAGACUACAAGAAUGGAUCUCUGUCAUCUUGUGCUUCUCUCUGAUCUGUUUCAAUUUUUACAAUCUUCUCUUCUACUUACGCCUGGAACACACGCCCUCUGUUAUUGUGGGGAUAUUUGCAGGAGUUAUUACAGCUGACUUUCUGUCAGGAUUAUUUCACUGGGGAGCAGAUACCUGGGGAUCUGUGGAGCUACCCAUAGUUGGAAAGGCCUUCAUCAGACCCUUUAGAGAACAUCAUAUUGACCCCACAGCGAUCACCAGACAUGAUUUUAUAGAGACCAAUGGAGACAACUGCUUUAUGACACUGGUCCCAUUGGCAAACAUGGCAUACAAAUUUGUUUCUUUUCCCCCAGAGGCAUUAUACGAGACGUGUCCUUGGGAGUGUUAUGUCUUUGCCCUUAUCAUCUUCAUAACCAUGACAAACCAGAUUCACAAGUGGUCCCACACGUACUUCGGUCUCCCACGCUGGGUGGUAUUCCUGCAGGACUGGCACGUUAUCCUGCCGCGGAAGCACCACAGGAUCCAUCACGUCUCUCCACACGAGACCUACUUCUGCAUUACCACUGGUUGGCUGAACUAUCCAUUAGAGAAGAUCAGAUUCUGGAGGUGUUUGGAGAACAUUAUCCAAGCAGUUACUGGGGAGAAGCCAAGAGCAGAUGACAUGAAAUGGGCUCAGAAAAUCAAAUAACUUUUGCCAGCCUUCUGCAAUCCUUAACUUGUUGCCAAUGUUGUUUGUUGUUUUCUUUUUAAAAAAAGCCAUCAGCCAAAAUCAAGAUCUGCAAAGAAAUAACAGACUCUAAAGCACAAACUAAAAAAGUGCUAACACAGACUGUAAUGAAAAGAACUAAUUCUUAAAACAAUACUUGAAAUGAAGAUGAUUACUCUUGCUGAGCACCUUUUUGUUUAGCCAUGUCUGCUUACAUCUUAGGGAAAAAAAACAACACUUCAUCACUGUAUCUCAAGGCUCUUGGGCAAGCCAGAAGGCAGAACAGUCACUCCAUUGGUACAUGGUGGCGUAGUAAAUGUGUGUUGUAUCAACAUUAUUUAACACUUCAGAAAUAGCUUGUUGCCUAAGGCCUGUAGGGAGAAUGGGUGACAAGGGUUUGUCGCUUCACAGUUGAGUCCAAAUGCACUGCAUGGAAACAGCGUGGCAGAGUAAAGGAAGCCUAGAAAAUCAUCACUGUUCAAUGCACUUAGUGAUCAAUAAAGCUGUCUUCACUAUCAUGUUAAAUCUAAUUGAUGUCACAUGGAACAGACUUCAAGAAUCCCACUCCACCAGUGGGCCACGAAUCCUCAAGUGUCUUCGGUGUCCCUUAGAGCUGUUCUACUCUCUACAUGGAAUUAAACCAUUUCUGCGUAAGCCUUCAACUUCACAAGCCUCUGAGGAGAGGGAGGGCACCCAGUACAGCACAUGCUCAUGGUUGUUCAUGUGGAGUGCUCACUGAUGAGUCUUCUAUUAAGUGUUUCCAACCCUGGUAAUAAAUGUUUCAAAUAGUUCUAGCAUUGGGCACAUUGCAAAUAGCUGUAUUCAAGAGCUCGAGGUAUCAAACUUGUAAUGUUAGAAGGGAAAUGUCAAUGACUGGUGUUUGGGGUUUUUGUCUUUUUUUUUUUAAGGUGCUUGCUUGUUUCUGUAAAUAAUAUAAAGCCUUAAUCUCUUCUGGUGUAAUGGAAUAAUAUUUUAAUGUGAUGUUUGAAUGUAUAUAAUAUAUUUAUAACAAAGCAGUUGGAUAAUACUAAUCAUGUUUGUUAAGUCUUGUUGCUCUUCUUUAUUCAUGCAUUAGUCAGCACUUAGUCCAAGAAUGGGAUCACUGGUUGCAAAAGGGUUCAUGCCGUUCCAGCCACUGGGAACACCUUGCAGCCCAUUAAGUCUCGUUUAGGGUGAAGUGAUCAGUUCUUGGUUG